CUUGCUGUACUACUAACCAUAGAGUGACACGCCUCUGUGUCGUCACGCCUAAUUAAUUAUUCAUGGAGGACAUCGCAACCAACCUAUCAGCGUUUAAAAAACGUUUCUUUCCACCCCCUACAAAGGGGCACGGUUUACAUGCAUAAUAAAACACUUCUGCAGCUAACUGGAAAAUCGGGUCAAACACAGAAGUCUGAAUAGAGAGUUGUCAACCGGCGAGGUCAUUUCAGAUUAGAUUUUUCUUUUUUGAGUACACGAGAAACUGAAAACAUUAACACCUAUUUCUAGGUUAAACUAGGGAUUUCAGGUUGUCUUUAAAGUUACGCUGUUCUUACGCGCGGCACGAAAGCGUCGGUCAAAAUGGACGUGGUCCCUGUUUCCGUCACGUUGGACGUAGGCACUGAUACUCCAGCUGCUUUUCCAGUAGUUUUAAAGAAUAUAAUGGAAAUUCCGCCACCGAAUCUUCUAGAAGGCGACGACGAAAAUGAUAAAGAGAAGCUCUUCGAGGAUGUUGACUCUGAAGGGGUCAGUGGAAUGGGACCAUCAGCUGCCUUAACCCCUGCCAUCUGGGAAAAGACCAUUCCCUAUGAUGGCGAGACCUUCCACCUGGAAUACAUGGAUCUGGAGGAGUUUCUCAUGGAGAAUGGCAUUCCUGUCACUGGAGAGGAAGGUCAGAAAAAGGAUCCAGAGGAAGAAAACUUACAGCUGACAACUGAAAGAUCAUCCACGACAUCUGCUAGUAAAACUGCCGCAGAAAUCUCUCUUAUGCCACUCAUGGAACUGGAUCAGUGUGAGGAGGAAGUGGUCACAAUUACGGCAUCCAGCUCUAGCUCAACAGACAGCAAAUCAGAUGAGGACCGUGUGACGCCUGAGCCCAUUAAUCCAGACGAUAUUGUGGUAGACAUUAACUUCGAGCCGGAUCACACAGAUCUUGUGCUGUCCAGUAUACCUGGAGGUGAACUGUUCGACCCUCGCAAACAUCGCUUCUCCGAGGAGGAGCUGAAGCCUCAGCCUAUGAUCAAGAAGGCAAAGAAAGUGCUUGUGCCUGAGGAACAGAAGGACGAGAAAUACUGGCAUCGGAGGAAGAAGAACAACAUUGCAGCCAAGCGUUCACGAGAAGCCCGGCGGCUGAAAGAGAAUCAGAUCACAGUACGAGCAGCCUUUCUGGAGCGAGAGAACUCUGCUCUGAGGCAGGAAGUGGCAGAGUUACGCAAGGACUUUGGGCGCUGCAAGAACGUCGUGGCACGCUAUGAAGCCACAUACGGACCACUUGCAUCGACUGAAGACAUCUAAACAAUUAUUGAUUUAUUUGCAUUUUUGAAAGGCAAAAAAUUAAUAAUGGUGUGGAAUGAAGCGGAGGAAACUGGAGAUAAGUGAAUAUGUGAUUAAAACUGUACAGUUAAGUAAUGGUCUUAAAUCUUUAACAGUCACUUAUAUCAGCAUAUCCCUUUCAGUGUGAUCUUACUUUAUUGCAAAAGCACUGAAAGAGCAACAGCUUUUAAAAGUGUGUUUUGUUGUUGUAAUGCACCAGUGUAGAAGAGGCCUUUCCUUACCUGUUCUUGUUUUAUAAUAUCUAAGUAGUUUUAGAGUGUGAAAUAAUGUGCAUUGGAAGUCUCUGGUCUUUAUUCAUAAAGAAUCACUGGCAUUGACUUCAAUUUACUUUCUUAUGUAUCUUCAGUUUGUAUAUCUUCGAAUUCUUUGAACAAGUACAUCAAUUAAAAAAAUUUCCUUUGGCAAAUUUGGUACAGGGUACCAAGUGGUGCAUUUUGAGAAAUAAAAGGCUUUUAUUGAAAUAAGGGGAGAAUGUAUCACAUUAAAACUAAAAAUGAAAACAAAACUGUAAAAAGGAAAUGUAAAUGUUUUGUCAUUACUGUCAGUAAGUGCUAGAAUUCCGCAGAACCUGUAACUGAAAAUAUGUGCUCUGUAUAUUUGCAAAACUUACAAAUAUUUCGAUAGUGUCUUUCAUAAUAGAUCUUCUAAAAUCAAAACUUGUUUACUUCAUAGUGGUAGUUUGCCAUUUCUGGGACUCGUGCAGGUCAGUUUAUGUACGGUAAUAACGAACUGUACAUGUGAUGGAUCUUGUAUCUGCUUAGAACUUAGCAAAACGAGUGAAGUGGUGAUAUAGGAGUUUUUUCAUAUGUAUCAUAUGAUAUAUAUUUUUUCAGAUAACUUCAAAUAUUUUACAAAAAUGGCUUUGCAGUGUGAACCACACCAUUCAUAGUUUAAUAUGAACCCAUAAGUGUCCUCAGAAGAGUGCUUGUUUAUAAAGGACGCUAGUGUUACAUAUCAGAAACUAAACUCAAACCUCUCGGAAGGGCAUCAGCCCCCUGCUUGCAGCUUUCCUGCAUUUCAGGUUCAUAUUUUGUGCAACUUGUCUCUGUCAUUUUGAAACCUAUUAUCUUGUUCCCUCUGUUCAUGGUUGUUAAGAGAAAGUUCGGCUGACGUUUAUAACCAGGUUUAAUUAUGCAAAACUCACAUGUGUCCUUUUCAUGUGUUUUGUGGAAAGUGAAACUGAUAUGUAACAUAAUCUUGACCAAAGCUAACUUUGAUCGAACACUGAAGAACGCUGUUUUCUUUAACUAGCACAGAAUGACUCGUGUUUAAUCAAAUUUGUGGUCUGUAGAGACUUUUUUUUUUUUUAAGUGCUCUAUGGUUUGUCAUUUCUCCUCGAGCUUCCUUUCUGAAAAGUGAGAUGUGAGAUGAGGGACAAGACAAUAAAAUGCAAUGGAGCUUGAAGACUGUUCUGAAAGGAAUAGUGACUGUUCCUGAUAAGACGUGUUUCUUCUGUUGAACUAGAAGAAAACUCAGUUGCAUAUAUGAGAUGUCAACUUUGUUGCAGUAAAGCUUUGUUUUGUCAAAUUUGAAUGUUUUUCAAAUUGUUACUGUUCUUUUGCGAGGAUUGAAGUCUUAUCAAGCAUUUCUUGACUUGUAAAUGUUGUCGGUGUCUUGCUUUUUUGUGUUGUACAUAUUAAAGAAUUUAAAAAUG